UCACUGAUUCUUUCACUCUGUUUCAUGAAGGGUGGCAAUCAUUCUUGUGGUUUUUAUUAGUUUACUUACUUCAUCAUAACAUAAGAAAUGCUGUCGCUCUUCAUCACAAGUAGGCAGGAGUAUGUUUGUAUCUGGGAUGCCUUGGAGCUUUAGUAAACCACAAAACUCGCUGUUGCCUUUAAAGGAGUGUGUACUGGCGACUAAAUAUGGGCAUGGGUUUGGAAUGGAUUUCAUGGAAUUUCCAAGUAGCACACAGCAGUGAUAGUGCAUCACAGUGCAGAAAGUACAGAGUCCACUUCACUUCAGCAGCUUUUUCUUAAACGUUUGGUCUGAUUUAUGGAAAUACACAAGGAGCGACUAACAACUACGGCUAUACGGAGACGUACCAAAUAACCUUACUCUGUCUAUUCUGCAUUUUUCUAACGUUCAUCAUGUCUAGGAGAAAAGUGAGGGGACUCACACGUACCGGGCGUCAGGUAAGCGAGGAUCCGGAUCUCGACAACUUGCUGUCAAACCUGUCGCCUGAAGAGAUGGAGGAGCUACAGAAGGAGGUGUCGACAGUGCCCGACCCAGACCCGAGUGAGAUUAUCAUAGUAGACCAAACUGAUGUAAAACAAACCAUUCCUAAUAAAAGAGAUUCCACCUUGACUAAUCACGGCGAGUUAAAGUCGGGUUUGCAAAGGAACCUCUCCACCGAGGGUGAGCCCAGAAAGGAAAGUCGGAAACAGGAAUAUCUCAGAAAAAUGGGCCUGAGUCAGGAGACAAACGUUUCCAAUAAUGACAGCACGGAAGGAGGACGUCAGACUUCCAUGUGCAGUGCUCCUGUUAAACAAGAGAAAAAUAUGGAGGACAGGAACACAAGAGCCACAGAUGAUUCUAAAGAUGCUAGGGAAAGGCGAUUCAAGAGGAAUGAGGAAAGUGAAAAGAAAUGUGAGGUCAAUGAGAAAGAACAGAAUGAUGAUUACAAGCUCAAAGAUAAACGGGACACAAAAGAAGGCAGCAGCAAGACAAAGGAGUUGAUAUCCAAGCUUCAAGAAAAAAAAGAGGAUUGUAAAGAAAAGGAGAGAAGAGAUGAAAGCUGGAAGAGAGAAUCAGGAGACAGCAAGACAAGGGAAAUGAUUUCUAGGUUACAAGGGUUAAAGCAGGAGCAGGAGAAAGAAGAAAAAAGGGAACGAGAAAUGAGGGCAGAAAUCAGGAACAGACAGGAUAGUAAGACCAAAGGUCUUGUUUUCAAGUUAGAGGAAAACCAAAAUUUGGUGGUAGAGAGCAAAAAAGAGGAAAUCAGUAGGGAAGAUGACAAAGAGAAGACAGAAGAACAAGUAGAGUUAGUUAAAUUAGUUAACAAUGGCAAGGAAAAAGAAAUUAUUCUGAAGGAUGCUAGUAAAAAUAUUGAUUGUAUAGAUCACGAGAUUGAGAAAGAGAAGAGGGAUAAGGAUAUUAAUCAAGUGAAGGAAGUAUCAAAAAUGAGUUCUGUUGACAUUGGAAAAAAGAAACCAAGAGUACAAAAUGAGAUCCAAAAUGAAGCACCUGAAUCCAACAAAGAAGCAAAGGCUGGAAAUUGUGUGGUAGAAAAUAAUUCAAAAACCAUGACUAAAGAAGAAAAGGAAGAAGAAGAGUCUGCUAGCAUGUUUGCUGAAGAUCUAGAGAGACUACGCAGCAAUGACCCCAGAAUGACCGAGGUCAAUGUCAACAAUUCAGAAGUCAUCAAGGUCAAAACCCUCAUUCAGUUUGCUGAAGCACUAAAUAACAACACACAUGUCAAGACAUUUGCCCUUGCUAACUGCCGCGCAGAUGACCAUGUGGCCUAUGCUAUUGCAAGCAUGUUAUGCAGCAACAAAAUCAUCACUAGCAUCAACUUGGAUUCUAAUCUUCUCACCAGCAAGGGCAUCAUGGCACUCGUCCAAGCCCUCCAGUACAACAGCUCCCUAACUGAGCUUCGGUUCCAUAAUCAGCGGCAUAUCUGUGGAGGCAAGACAGAAAUGGAGAUGACAAAGAUUUUGAAGGAAAACACAACUCUACUCAAACUGGGUUACCACUUUGAGUUGGCUGGCCCACGUAUGACCAUGACCAACAUCCUCAGUCGUAACAUGGACCGGCAGAGGCAGAGAAGGUUGCAGGAGCAGAAACAGGCCACAGCCCAUAGAAAUGAAGACAAGACAGUCUCACUGAAGGUCCCACAACUUGGUUUCAGCAAAGGUUCCCCAAGAAACUCACCAAAGCCAUCUCCCACUCCAUCUCCUGUACCAUCCCCUAAGUUGAUUCCAAAAGCCUUUAAAGGACCUGGUGGUCCUCCACCCCCACCACCUGGGGGAUUACCACCACCACCACCACCUCCAAUUCUAGAUGGCGAAUUCCUAAAGAGUUCUCUGACCCCUAUGUCACAGAGAAAGCAUGAGGACAGGACUGGAGGCCGAGGUGGAGGUCUAAAUUCAAGGGAUCAACUUCUAGCCUCUAUAAGGGAUGCCAAUAUUAAACAGUUAAAAAAGGUUGCAUUACCAAAACUACUGCAGUAAUCAGACAGGGAAAAGUUAAAUACAAAGUGAAGAACAGGUGGCAGACAUCUCACCUUGUGAAGAUCACGCCUUGGCAUCUUCUACAUGGAGUCUACAAUGGCCUGUAAGACAGGCAAGGAUGUCCGUGAUGAAUAUGGUAUAAUUCUGUAGGAUAAAGCUUCAGCCCAGGAUUCUGUCAUGAGCUAUGGAAAGGAAUAGAAGCCUAAUACAGAUGUGGUGUUCAGAGGUUAAAAUUUCAAGUCUGUAUUGAUAUUUGCACUAUGUUAUGUAAUUCAUAUGGUAAAUUGAUGAAUGUGUGUGAUUCAGAAUAUAUGUGUAUAUAUGUAUGGAGAACUCUGCAGGCAAGAAAACUGAUUCUAAUGAAAUUAAAAUCAAUCAGUUGUCUUCUAAAUUAUUAGAAAUUACAAGCUAUUGAAAACCCUCAUAACCAAAUAUUUUUGUUAAGUUGUAGCUAACAUUUAAACAAUAUGGAAUGUUUAGUGAUUUUUUUUUCCCCAAAAUAUUUUUUCAAAAUAGUUUUUAAGCUUUACUGUAUUGCUCACAGUUUAUCAGUGCACAUCACUAUAAUAUUGUAUAAUACUGCUUACGCUCAAUUUAUGUUUAAGUAAUACAUUUCUCAGGAUAAUUUUUGUUCUUUCCUAGAAAGAAGUACAUGAUUUUAUGUCACUACAAAUAUUACUUACGACAUAAUAUGUAUUCCAAUUUUUGAUAAAUGAUCUCAUUCUAUUCUACAUUGGAUUUCAUUCAGGUGCUGAUCCUCUUCAAAAUUUAGUAUUGUAUUAAGUAUUGUGCACUGUCACAUGUUUGAGUGCCACUUCUCUCACA